AAGGUUCUCAAAAAUUCAAUGAUUUGGAUGAAAAAUUCAAGAAAGUUUACUUUUCAACGGGCUCAUUGAUUAAGCUUGGUUGGUUAGUGAAUCCAGAAGACAAGGAAAUAUAUAUUUACAGACAAGGGGCUAAUGGGGUUGUUUAUCGAACUUCACAUGGCUGGAAUAAUGUAAAUGGUGGCAGUGUUUUACCGGGAUUUACUCUUGAAGUAGAGAAAAUUGAUGAUACAAUUUCACAGGAAUCCUCAGAAUCACCAUCACCAAACGAAGAAUUGCAAAUCAACUGCCCUAGAUGUGAAGUAACAUUCACUGAUAAUUAUACUUUUCUGAAACACUAUGAAGAUAUCCAUACUCUAUUAUUUGAAAUUACCAGCGAAAUUAUUUCAGACACUACACUUACCUCAGCUUCUGGUAAAGUUUUCAUGGCUUUCUCACUUACCUUACCUUCCGAAUUAGAGCUAUGGGGUAAUGGGAUAGAGGGAGCAGAUGUUUCUGUUAAAUCGUCUAAGGAAUUUUCAAUAGAACUAUCGAUUUUUGCAGAGAUAGGAGAUUUAGAGCAUCAGGUAUCUGAUUCUUGGGUAUUAGAAUUAGAUGUAUUAUCAGAUAUAUUUUCUAUCUGUUUAGGAGUAUUAUCAGAAUUUUGCUCUCCUGUCAAAGCAUUAUUGGAUUCAUUAGAAUUUGAAGUGUUAUCGGAUAUACAGUAUUGGAUGCAGGAGCAUCAUUGUCAAAGGCAGUCACAGAGUGGCUAG